GCUUUUGUAAUAAAUAAUAUUGAAUUUAAGAACUACAUCUCCCUUAUAUAUACUUGGGCCCAGCCCAAGUAUCUAUGCUUGAUCUUUCCACUCUCGAUCGCUAAUCCCUCUUUGCUCAGCCACCGGAUUUCUGCUUAGCGCAGGCGCUGCCACCAUAAACUUUACUCCUUCGCCGCUGAUUCCACCGCCAGUUUUGUGGAAAAUGAAGAAAGGAUUGCACCCUCAGAUGCAGUGGAUAUCUUAUGUGACCCAGAGUGGUCGAUUGGUGAAUGUUAUGAUGACCAAAAUACAUAGUGUUGGAAAAGUUUAUCACUUAAGGGCGAAACGCCAAAUGGCCGCAAGUGUAGGACAGAUUGCUAAGUUUAACCGUCGUUAUGGGCUGGAGAAGCCUGAGGACUCAGAGAACUCAGAGAAAAAUGAAAAAUGAAUUAUGGAUGCUAAGGAAGAUUGGUAUCUGUUGUUAGAUUUAAAUAUCUAUGUUGUGGAAUAAACAUGAGUUUCAUUAGUGUAGUGAAGCACAUUUCUUUUGCUUUUUCAAAGCACUUGAACUUUAGAACAUUCCCAUUUUGUCAAAUAGUUGUUUCAGAAGUGGUUUGAGAGGUUCCACCAUUCUUUUGAGGCUUUGGUGCUUUAAUAUAGCAUACAACAGUUCUUUAUUUCUCGAAUUUUCUUCCCUCCUUUUCUAUGAUGCUUACUGAGCAUUUUAUAUUCUGAUUGGAAAUUGAAGGUUAAUGUAGUUGAAUAUUAACCAGUUUGUAUUUCCAUGAAUUGAUUUUUCAAUAAUCAUGAAUCAUGUAGACUUGAUAUCGGUUGGUGAAUAACUACUAAUAUAGUACAUCCAGGUCUGUGGUUGAUUAACUUUAUCUUGUUUCAUGUUUUUGAUGAGGUAAUUUUAUUCCUCUCUUUGUUGUGAUUGAUACCUGAGUUUUAUCUAUCCAUAGAUUUUGCAAAUCAAGGUCUUGGACCUUUGUAUUGUGUAUCAUUUUUUGGAGCUUUGAUCAGUGGAAAGUUGGCAAUGGUUUGUAAUCUGCAUUUUGCUGCUAUGGUUUAGUGUAUGCUGUCUGCCUUGUAUUUACCUGAUAUCUUUCAGAUUGCUUUUGAGUUUGUUAAUGUCUUAACUUGAACUCUGCUGAAUCAUGUGAUCUGGUUCAUGGUCGAAAGUUGAAACAUCCGGACUGAUCGAUACUAGUUUGUAAUUGUACUGCAUACCUUUUGAGGUCCAUGGAAAUGGUGGGCUCAGGUUUACCAUGUCACCAAGUAAAGGUCCUUGGUUUUGGAAAAAGCAUUAUAUUCAGGAAAAACAGCCCGGUCACGCCUUUUGCAUCUUGAAAUGAGCUGGUUAGCCAAUCGUUUGAUCUGUAUAUUGCUGCUAGUUCCUGUGUUAGUAAGACUGAUGGUGGAAGCUGAUAAUGCAAACUGCUGGCUCAUCAUCAUCUUCCUCAGCAUGGCUAAGGAAAAUGAUGAACCCGAGCGACCGACCAGGUGUAGGUUUAAGCCAUGGACGUGCAGACAGGGACAAAAAUUGACGAAGAGCUCGAAUUAAGUGUUGUUGAAAGUUGAAACCAUUGUGUUGAUGUUACCUCAAGGGUUAACAACUGUGGUUUAUGGGGGAUUAGGUGCCCAUUUACCUGGCUAUGCUGCCGGGAUUAUCCAUGAAUACAAAUAUCUGUCUCUUCCCUUCAAAUGUGCUAAACGAUGUCGUAGGUUGAACGUAUUGAUUAACUUUGCUUAUAAAAAAUAAAACAAAAAACAAUGAGAAUAAAAGAGAUAUAAUGAUCAACUUCAUCUCAACCGUUGGAUUGUUUGAACUGACCUCACUUUGCAAACUCUUCGGCGAACCCGGACACAGAUGAUAAAAUCCAAUAAAAUCUUCAAUUAAAAAAACAAAAAAACAAAGUUCUUUUUUUUUUAACAUAUUUUCCGCCAAAUAUCUUAAAGAGUUUCAAGACACAAUUGAACGCAAAA